UUGAUUUGUUUUUCCGCAGCACCGCUGCUGGAGAAAGAAACAUGGCGGCGUCCCUGAUCUGCGGCCGGUUGUCCGCUGGACUGAGGAAUUCCGGCUCCAGGACGGCUUUAAGUUCCACAGCCAAGGUAAUUACCGGGACAUCGGGGCUGUUCGGUAACCAUGGCCACCAGCCAUCUCCGCUGGUGACUGGGCAGCAGCAGAGAAACCUGUCGCUGCACGAGUACCUGAGCAUCGGCUUGUUGAAGGAGGCGGGGAUCUCUGUGCCUGCAGGAUUGGUGGCCAGCUCGCCUGAGGAAGCCUACACUGUCGCCAAACAGAUCGGCUCUAAGGAUCUGGUGGUGAAGGCUCAGGUGUUGGCUGGAGGAAGAGGUAAAGGGACGUUCGAGGGAGGACUGAAAGGAGGAGUCCGAAUCGUUUACUCGCCGGAGGAAGCGAGGGACAUUUCCUCACAGAUGAUCGGCAAGAAGCUGUUCACCAAACAGACGGGUGAGGCAGGUCGCAUCUGUAACCAAGUGUUCAUCUGCGAGCGCCGUUAUCCACGCAGAGAAUAUUACUUCGCCAUCACCAUGGAGAGAUCUUUCCAGGGCCCAGUGCUGAUUGGCAGCUCUCAGGGGGGCGUAAACAUAGAGGACGUGGCAGCUGAGAAUCCGGACGCCAUCGUUAAAGAGCCCAUCAACAUCAUCGAGGGCAUUAAGAUGGAUCAAGCCAUAAAGGUUGCUGUGAAGAUGGGUUUCCCAGACGCUUUGGUUAACGAAGCAGCCGAGAACAUGAUCAAACUCUACAACCUGUUUAUCAAAUACGAUGCGUCUAUGGUGGAGAUCAACCCGAUGGUGGAAGAUUCCUCUGGCAUCGUGAUGUGCAUGGACGCUAAGAUCAACUUUGACUCUAACGCCGCGUACAGACAGGAGAAAGUUUUCGACUUGCGGGACUGGAGUCAGGAAGACAUCCGAGACAGAGAGGCGGCUAAAGCUGAUCUGAACUACAUCGGACUGGACGGCACCAUCGGCUGCUUGGUCAACGGUGCCGGUCUCGCCAUGGCAACCAUGGACAUCAUUAAACUCCACGGUGGGACGCCUGCCAACUUCCUUGACGUAGGCGGCGGAGCCACGGCGCAUCAAGUGACGGAAGCCUUCAAGCUCAUCACCUCGGACAAAAAGGUGCAGGCCAUCCUCGUCAACAUUUUCGGCGGCAUUAUGAGAUGUGAUGUCAUCGCUCAGGGCAUCAUCAUGGCCGUCCGCGACCUGGAUCUGAAAAUCCCUAUCGUGGUGCGGUUACAAGGAACCAGAGUGGAUGACGCAAAGGCUCUGAUCGCUGCCAGUCCUCUGAAGAUCCUGGCCUGUGAUGACCUGGAUGAGGCGGCUAAGAUGGUUGUGAAGCUUUCUGAAAUCGUUUCAUUGGCCAAAGAAGCUCAAGUGGAUGUAAAGUUCCAGCUGCCCAUCUAAAGAAGUCCCACGAACCACAAAAACUACAAAACUCCAUGAACUGACUUUCUAGCUGCCCAGUCCCAUGCCUCCCAUCCACUGUGUCAUGCCUGCGGAUGCUUUCUGAAGUUAGUCAUAAGGUCCUGUAGCGCUUAUAUACGAGAUCUGCUCUCUUCUCCUCCCGCAUUUCACUCCUCUCGUCUGGGUCUCGUUAGUUAGCUCAGUUCAGUGUUACUACCUGUUCUUUACCAUUGUUUAUUUCGGUAACGUCUUCUUCUUUUUUCUUUUUUCUUUGGACCUAUUUAUGUGGGACUGUAUUUAUAAUGACGUACGCUGUAAGGUGAAUUAACCCGGACACGGAAUACCUUUGAAACACGUACAUAUAUCUCUAGAGUCUGAUUUUAAAAAAGUAAAUCCAGGUCCCAGCGUGCGUUAUUGGAGAUGCGCCUCGUUUCCUGCUUCAGUCAGUGUUUUCCGAAGAGCACGUCACUCCCUUUCCCACCCCUUCAAACGCACAAACACUUCUCUGAGGAAUAUCUGUAAUCUUACUGUGUUCUUUUGGAUAUGUACAAGGAACUACUGGUUAGCAGGAGGGAGUGAAUAAAAUAUGAAAAUAGAAAUAAAAUUCCUUGUUUUAUGAUAA